UGAUUGUACAUUUAAAAGGACCAACACUGCAUCUGCUCAGUGUACUAAAGGCAGUACUAAUUGUACAUUUAAAACUUGUACAUUUAGAGGACCAACAAUGCAUCUUUUGAUUGUACUAAACGUAGUACUAAUUGUACAUCAAUAAACGCCUCUCUCAUUUUCCAUUCACUUUCUCUAGAAGUUUCUCAAAUUUGUAACCCUAAUUUCUCUCCCUCUCCGCUAUUCUUUUUACUUCUCAUCAACUCUUCAAUGGUGAAGCCACCUGUUCUUUACUCUUUUGUGUUUGUGUACAUCUCUCUCAAGCUUUCGUGAAGGCUUCUGUUUUUCUCCGACGAACUGCGCAGACUUUAAAUAUGUCGCUGAAGCUUUGCUGAGGAUUUUGGUUUCUCUCCUACGAGCUGCGCAGCCUCUAAAUUUCUCGCUGAAGGUUUCUUCAACAUUUCCGUUUGUCUCAACCUUUCCUGAAGAUUUCUGUUUCUCUCAGACAACCUGCGCAGAUACUUGUUCAUGCUUUAGAUACCACUGAUACACAACAGCCUCCACCGUAUGCAGCAGCAUCUUCAUUACCGUCACCUUAGACCGAUUGCUUCAGCUGCCAGCGCAAACCGUAUAUACAGCCUACCCCCUCCACAAGAUUCACAGACAUCCCACCGGUCAUCACAGAUUUUCUACAACAUAUUCCUUUGUGAGUGAAUGAUACAAAAGGAAAAUUCUAAAUCCACUGUUUACCACUGUUCACAUUUCCCAAGAACACAGAAAAGCUACACUCAGUUCAGCAACACGUUUUCACUAUCAUGUGCCUUAAAUCUGUUCAUCUGGCUACACAAUUCUUAUAACCGCUUGAACAUAGAGCAAUGGAAGAAAAUACAAAUAAUAUGCCUACCCAGGAAACGACUUCUGACAGAAAUUUGCGUCGCCGUACUAGAUAUGCACAAAUGUCACUGGAGAAAAAACAAUUCCUUUUAUCCCAGCUAAGAGAAAAAAGGGCUACAUCAAAAAGGCAAAAAAACCUUCACCAAUCAAAUAGUACUGCCGCUCUAACAAUUAGCAUAUCUUCUUCUGUUCCUGAACAAGCUUCCAAAAAUACAAUUGUACCAUCUGAUUCACCUACAGGAGAGCAUGUACUUACUUGCUUACCUACUUCUGAACUAGCUUCCAAAAACACAAUUGUACCAUCUGAUUCACCUACAGGAGAGCAUGUACUUACUUGCUUACCUACUUCUGAACUAGCUUCCAAAUAUACAAUUGCACCAUCUGCUUUACCUACAGGAGAACAUAUAGUUACUUGCUUAUCUACUUCUGAACUAGCUUCCAAAAAUACAAUUGCACCAUCUGAUUCACCUACAGGAGAGCAUAUAGUUACUUGCUUAUCUGCCUCUAAACUGGGAAUGGAAGAAAAUACAAAUACUGUGCCUACCCAGGAAACAACUUCUGACACAAAUUUGCGUCGACGUACCAGAUAUGCACAAAUGUCACCGGAGAGAAAACAGCUGCUUUUAUCCCAACUAAGAGAAAAAAGGGCUGAAUCAAAAAGACAAAAAACCUGUCGUCAAUCGAAUAGUACUGCUGCUCUUGCAAUUACCAAUCCUUCUUUAUCUCCUGAAAAAGCUUCGAAACGUACAAACGUCCCAUGUUCUUCAACCAGAGGAGAACAUAUAGUCACUUGCUUAUCUACCUUCGAACUAGGAUCAACAUCAACUACAUGUCAUGUUGCAAGCAAAUUAAAUUCAAGACGUGCUGCAAAUAAAGCCAAAGUUUGCAUCAGAAACGUUUGGAGGACAUAAAGCAUUUUCAUCUACUCAAAUACAAUUUUCACACUUAAGUCAACGUACAUUACUACUGAAUGACGUUACAGGCACAUGGAACUCAACAAAGGCGCACGACUUCAAAGUAAUGGUUUCCUCCUCUAUUUCACAAGCUUCCUCUGUACCAAAACUUAUUUCAUAUCUCAAAUCAACUUCUGAUGAUAAAGAGUUUUCUCUACUUGAAGGAAUUCUAAUGAACCAUGAAAAACAACUGUACACAGAAAUUCACACUGUUAAGAGAGAUUUUAAUUCUCCAAAAUAUUGACCAAAAUUUAGCAAAGAUGCCUUUCAUCAGGAUCUUCGUCGGCACCAAAAGCUUUACUAUUUUCUUCUACAACAUCAUCAUCUUCCGCUUCCAAAUCUUGUACCAUUUUAUGGAUCACUGAGAUAUCCACCACAGCAUAUUUAGCAGCUUCUUCCUCCUGAAGUGAUACUCUACUUUCCAACUCUUUCAAAUUUUCCAAAUACAUCUUUACUUUUGCUUCAACUUCAACUUUUCCAUUUUUUAGCACCUCAUUUUACCUUUGCAUAUCCUUCAAUUGAUUCUCCAUAUUUGUGUUUGUCAAAUAUUGACAAUCAAUUGAAGAAUAUCCAAAGGAAAAAGAACAACCUAAAAAAGGGGAAAACUAAAGUUAACGCUUUAGAAAAGUCCUAAGAUUUUCAAAGUACAGUAUGACUUCAGGAGGAAGAAGCUGGUAAAUAUGCUGCCGUGGAUAUCUCAGUGAUCCAAAAAAUCCUACAACAUUUGGAAGUGGAGGAUGAUGAUGUUCCACAAGUGAAUAAUAAAGUUUUUGCUGUUGAUGAACAUCUUCAGGAAAAGCAAUUGUCACCGCCUAUGGCUCCAUCAGUUGAUUCAAUAGCAUAUGCAAAUGGAAAUGGAACUUCUAAAUCAACAGAUAAAGGAUUAACAACGGUCACACGGUUGUAGCUGCAGCCAGUGGUAAGACAAACUUCAUUUCAACAAAAAUGAAACUGCUUAAUUGUGCUGAUAUCCACACAUUGGAUCCCAUGCCUUGUGCUGCUCAUUCUGUUGAACUCAAUACCAAUGUUUCCAACAUACAAAACAAAAGACGCCAUUCAGAAGAAGCAGCUUCACAUAUUUGGGAAUUACAAAUGUCAAAUCCUUACUGUUGAAAAAGCAGCAAAUAAACUCAGUUAGAAAGAGCAAUACAAGGUACAACUAGAAGACUGACUUAACUAAGUCUGUGAGUUCUAUCAAAGGAAAAAAGUAGAACGACUAUCAGUAAAGUUUCAGAUGCAGUAAAGGAAAAGCCAAAGGCACUGAAAAUACUCAUUAGUCAGAGGAACAUGACCAAAGUGCUGCAACAAUCAGAUUGUACGCACUGCUACAAUCACCUGCCACCUCAUCCCUAAUGUAGAUGCUGAAAUACCAAUACUACAAUAGGAUUUUUUAGCUCACAUUUCUCCAGCUAAGGAAACGACGGCUAUUCUCUUGACUGACAGACCAAACUGCCAGAGACAAAAUCUACAGGAAUAUCACCAAACUGCUGGAACAAUAACAUUGUAGACACCGCUUCAAUCAGCUCACAUCUCAUCGCUAAUAUAGAUUCUGAAGUACCAAUACUGCAACAGGUACUGCAUAAGACAUAUACAUGUUUCCAGCUAAAGUCAGACGCACAAUAAUUGAAACAAUGGUAUCUCAGCAGAGCAGAUGACCAAGACUGCACGAUGAUAUCUGCUUUGCUUGUGAAAUUCCACUCACAUGGAUGGACAAUCAACUGACAUAAAGCAAGAAUGAAGAUCACAUAUUGCACUAUCUGAAUGACCAAAAAAGUCUUCACUACCUACAGUCUCCUUCAGAAAUUGGAGUAAAGAUACAAUAGUACUAUUUGGUUAACUCAAUUUCCUGCAAACAUGGUACUAAGAUUGAACAUCAACCAAAUAGAACCAGGAACACGAGACUGGAUUUGCAAAGUUCAAAUUGUGGAAAUAGCCCGCCCACGGGAAAGCCUUGACAAGAAAUGUAUAUUCCAAAAUCUAAUUUUGGAAGAUGAAACGGAGUGCCAAAUUAAGGCAGUUAUGUAUGCUGAAGAAAUUGAGCAGUAUGCAGCUAGGAUUAAACUCAUGAAUACCUACCUCAUCUCUACUGCAAAAGUAAAAGUCCCACCCACUUCAUACGGCAAGCCACUACAUCAAUUUUACUGGAUUCUUGACAAAGAAACAGUAAUUGAACAAAUCAAACCUUCUAAUGAGGUUGAAAGUCCACUUCCCCCGCCUACCAAGCUGAAUAUCACAGCCUUUGACCGCAUUCCUCGUCUGCUGGUUGAUUCUGCUGCUGAAAUUGAUAUACUGGCAAUCGUUCUUCGCUGUGGUCCCCAAAAAACGCAGGUCGCAGUCAUCAUAGGUGUCGAGAAAUUACCCUUUGUGACAAUCAGAAAAAACAGUUUCUCUUCACUCUAUGGGAGGAUUUCGGAGAAAUAGAAGGACAUGAAGUUGCCUCCAAAAUGGCAACAGAGGCACAUCUGCCUGUAAUCCUCGGAAGGAGUAUAUGAAUCUCUACUUAUCAAGGCUUGUCACUGCAGACCAGGUACAACUCCACAGUACGUGUCAAUCCAAAUUACCCACAGGCACUCGCACUCAUCAGCUGGGCAAAUGAAAACAAAACAAUGUUGUUAAGUUGUUCAUCAGAGAAAACUUCAACAAGCUCAUCUGUCAAUCCCACCGUAGUCACUCCUGCUGGCCAACAAGUUAUCUCUAUUGCAGAUAUCUCAUCCGCACCUUCUAUGGGAGUGCUCUAUGUUGAGGCAGAAAUGGCCAUAUUAGAUGAAUUCCAAGACUUUUGUGUGCUCGAAUGCUCAGGCUGCAAACAAAAAAAACGCACAAAGGAUAGAAAAGAUUUUGACUGUCCAAAAUGCAAUCGGAAAACAACAUUAGUGCCGCGCUGCAGCUUUCAAAUUGAUCUUAUUGACGGCACUGCUACACCACAGCAUCUAUCUCUGCUGAAUUAGGAGAAAAAAUACUGUGCAUGGCAGCAGAGGACAUAUUUGACAUAACUUGCACUAAGCGACAAUCAUUGUCUCUUAAUCAUGUCCAUGACAUGCUCUCAAACAAAGUCUUCGAAAUUCAGCUAAGGAAGUCAUCUUGGGGCAGCUCAAAUACCGCACAUGCAACCUUGUCCGUUCUCUCCUACAUCGAAAAAACACAUACACCACAGAGCACUGCUGAUAGGACUUCUAAAAAGAUUAAACCUUUGGAAAUAAAUGAGGUAGAAGUCAUGGCAACAACUAGUGCAGCUGGUUCUUCAAAUCCAAUGCCAAAAUUUGAACCACCCACACCAACGAAAAAGGUGUAAAAGGAACUCUGUCACCCCAUUUUGUCACUUUUGCUUAUAAUAGGGACACUACAAUCAAUGACUCUCCCUAUGCUCUGGUUUUUUGCACGAGGAACAUUAACUAUGGAGAAGCACACUGCAGCAUCCUCUAAAUAUGUCAUAAACAAUGACAUGCUAAUCUUAUUUACCAAAACUGCAACAUGUACUAUAUUAUUUUGCUUAUAUUACAUUACUUAGUAUGUGCAAAUCGUUAAAAUCAACACCAUGCUAAUGUCUAUUGUACAUAUUAAUAUAAUAUAUUAUAU